CUCAAUAUAUUUUGGUCUAAUCUAAACCGAAAUCCGAAUGCUUGCGACUAUACGCAUUAGUUGGUAUUCAACUUCACUAAUACAAUAACUAAUGUUACUUUCUCAUCUCAGAAAGUUUCACACAGCAAGUUCAUCAACCACUACCUAUGCCACCAUUCUGCGCCACUGCGUGGAGACUUCAAAUCUAUCCAAAGCCAAAUCAAUCCACGCAAAACUCAUCAAAGCAUCCGACCACCAACCAGAUUCCAUCUUCAUCCACAACCAUCUCAUCAACGCAUACAUCAAAUGCGGGGACACCGCAAACGCCCUCCAACUGUUCGACGAAAUGCCCGAAAGAAACGUGGUUUCUUGGACUGCCCUGAUUGCCGGUUUCGCCCAAAAGGGCUUCCCUUCUCAAACACUCUCUCUCUUCUCAGCUAUGCACAGGAGCUCUGUUCGCCCCAACGAGUUCACUUUCGUGAGCGUGCUCCAAGCUUGCUCCUUUUCGGAGAUUUUCUGCUUGAUCUCCGCUUUCCAAGUUUUUGCGAUGGUGAUCAAGUUCGGAUUCGAGAACAAUGUGUAUUUGGUGAAUGCGUUGCUCACUACUUUGAUAAGGCAUGGUGAGUUUGAUGAAGCUGUUCGUCUAUUCGAGGCGUGCCUCGACACAGAUGUCGUGUCGUGGAAUGCUCUAUUCGACGGUUUCUUGAAGUUCGGUUGUGAUUCAAUACCUAGUUUCUGGCGUAGGAUGCUCUUUGAGGGUGUGAAACCGGAUGCGUUCACGUUCGCAACAGUUCUCACGGGGCUGGCUGAGUUGUCGGCCCUUGAAACCGGGCUGCAAGUCCAUUCCCUCCUUGUGAAAUCCGGCCAUGGAAGGGAGAGAUGUGUAGGCAAUGCUUUGGUGGAUAUGUACUUGAAAAGUGGCAGACUAAACCAAGGUUUUCUAGCGUUUGAUGAGAUCCCGUCGAAGGAUGUGUGUUCUUGGACUCAGAUAGCCACGGGGUGCCUCAACUGUGGUGAUCCAACGGAGGCGCUUAGGGUGAUCGGGAGUAUGAGGAGGGCUGGGGUUCGACCUAACAAGUUCACUCUAGCAACGGGGAUCAACGCUUGUGCUAGUCUUUCAAGCCUCGAUGAAGGCCUGAAAUUGCAAGCUUUGGUGGCUAAACUAGGUGAUGAAGUUGAUGUAUGUGUGGAAAAUGCCCUGCUUGACUUGUAUGCAAAAGGCGGGCAGAUGGAUGGUGCGGUGAGGGUGUUCGUCUCGAUGAGAGAGCGCACAGUCGUGUCGUGGACCACGAUGAUCAUGGGGUUCGCGCAGAACGGGGAGGCGGAGGAAGCUCUCAACGUUUUCGAAGAGAUGAGAGCUGAGGGGGAGAGGCCUAAUCACAUCACACUCGUCUCGUUGCUGUAUGCGUGCAGCCAAGGGGGGUUCAUCGAAAGAGGGCUUACAUAUUUCUCUUCGAUGACCGAAGAAUUUGGGAUUGUGCCGAGCGAGGAUCACUACGUCUGCGUGGUGAACCUGCUUGGCCGGGUGGGGCGGAUACGAGAGGCAGAGGAGCUGAUCCUCCGCAUCCCGUUCGAGCCGAGCGCUGUCGUGUGGCAAACGCUGCUCGGGGCUUGCCGUCUCCACGGGGACGUGGAGACGGCGAGACGGGCCGCGAAGGGAGCAUUGGCGGCCGAUCGGGAUGAUCCCUCGACGUACGUGUUGAUGUCCAAUACUUUCGCGGAUUUUGAGGAUUGGGGGAGUGCAAAGACAUUGAGAGAGUGGUUGGAGAUUAGGGAUAUCAAGAAAAUGCCCGGCACGAGCUGGGUUGAGAUCGGUGAGACGGAUUAGAUGGGGUCGCUCGAGGUUGGCCAACCCUACUGUCGGCCCACGAGUAUCGGAAAAUUCUAUCAAAUGCAGUGUUUCGAGCU